CUAAACCUGGACAAGAACCACCGCCAAUCCUGAAGGAUUAGCUCCUUCCGCUGUGCUGUGAGUGACCCAAGAAUAACAAGGAUUACAGUGCUACCUCGGCCACAGAAAUGGUCCUUCCUUCAGUGAUGGUCUUGCCCCUGCUGAUCGUCACAGCGGCGGGGGUAUACUACAUCUACAAUGAGGUCAUGCAGUACAUGGCCAAGUCUUUCGUGCGGAACAAAGUGGUGGUGAUCACAGAUGCUGUGUCCGGUGUGGGAAAUGAGUGUGCUCGUCUCUUCCAUAAGGGCGGAGCCAGGCUCAUCCUGUGCGGCGCUAACUGGGAUAAAUUGGAGUCUCUGUAUGACUCUUUGACAAAUGAUGCUGACCCCAGCGAGACAUUUGCCCCUAAACUGGUUAUCCUGGACUUUAGUGACACGGAGAGCACGCCGGACGUGACUGCCGAGGUAGUGGACUGUUAUGGCUGUGUGGAUGUGUUAAUUUGUAACAGCAGCAUGAAGCUCAAGGCUCCAGUGCAGAGUGUCUCUCUGGAACUUGACAGAAACAUCAUGGACAUCAACUACUUUGGCCCAACCACCUUGACCAAAGGAAUUCUUCCCACCAUGAUUCCAAGAAGAUCAGGACAAAUAAUCUUGGUCAACAGCAUCCAAGGCAGACUGGCAGUUCCCUUCAGAAGUUCUUAUGCAGCCUCGAAGCAUGCGGUACAGGCCUUCUUUGACAGCCUCCGGGCUGAGGUGGAAGAGUACGGGAUCACCGUGAGCACCGUCAGUCACACUUUCAUCGAUGCCACUGUUCUGCCAUCUCCUGAGAAGCCUGCCUCCAAACCAAACAGCUUGGCUGCAUUUAUUGCCAGCCAGCUGACCCAUGGGGUGCGUCCUUCAGUCCUGGCCAAUGAGAUUAUGCGAACGGUGAACAGGAAGAGGAGGGAGGUUGUGCUGGCCCACCCCAUCCCCAGGGUGGCAGUCUACCUCCGAUCUUUCCUACCUUCUGUCCUCUUUGCUGUACUGGGUGCUGGAGUGAAGGACUCUGUCUUGGCUGAGCAGAUGCAGUAA